CCAUUUGUGCCAUAUGCUUGCACAGUGAGAGAUCCUUCCUAAUGCCAGACCCCUCGACAAAGCGAAGGGUUUCCGACUUUAUCCUGUGUUGAAGUUUUUCAUAACUCUCUUUUGGUGCACCAUUCGGCGACAUCAGCAGCAGCACCAGGAGGCAUUGCUAGCUGCAGUUGCGUUCAUUACAGUUACAACAUUUCCCUAGCACCAAACGUAUCACUAUCGCUGCCAAGAGUGUGUUUAUCAGCGCACUGUUCUGUUUACUCAGCUUAUCUUAAUGUCGUCACACGAUUCGCUCAGCCUCGCAGCAGUGAAGAACAUACUCUCAAAAGCGAGCUCAAAGUCACUGGCCCCUCUGCGUGUGAUUAGUAAGUAAUGUUCUUCGACGGUCGUUACCAUUUCACGCGACGACAGUAGUGUCACCUCGGGGUGACCUACGGGGAGGAAGUCACUAUAGACAUCGAAAAAGGUUCGUCGCUGUGAAAAGAAUAAAUUAGAAUUUCAAUUCAAUUUCUUCCCCGUACCGAAUGGAAUGAAUAUUAUAUAAAAUCGGAGCAACGCAAGCAAGGAAAGAAGCGAAUGUGUUUAUGCAUAAUGCCGGCUGGCUCGGUUGGACACAGUCGAGUGUGGCAAAGGUACGCUCGACUAAGAAAGUAGUGAAGUAAAGUCGCAGGACAAUACAAGCAGUGCGGUGGUAGUUAGUAGAACGAAACUCCAUUGAAAUGUAGCAGUGAUGUAAUCAGUUGCUUAUCGCUAUCUGGUGGUGGUGUUACUAACACGUAUCGUUACAUUCUACUUUAUCACUAACAACAAGCAGUGCGAUGUGCUAGUCGUAUUGCACCAAGGAAAAGGAAACCAAAGACGUUCAGUGCCAUAUUUACAAAGCGUUAGUCAAAGUUGCUAUGAGAACUAGGAAGUACAACUGUGCAUUUAAGUAAAAUUCUAUCCUAUCGCUGUCUUAAUAUCAUUUUCCUUUUGGUGAAUUGCUCUAAUAACAAAUUAAACGAAAAAAAUGAAACGUUCUCGACAAACCAAAGCCACAAAAGCAACCUCUGGUGCUGUGAAACGGAAAGCUGCGGCCGCCCUCAAGGAGGAAAGUAACAAUAAUGUACCUCCGGAAGCGCUUCAAACUGUACCGAAGCAGCCAGCGGUUCAUUCGCAGCAACCGAUUCUGCCCGAAUUGGAAGAUUUUGACAAUGGUCUGCUCGUGCUGGCGGUCGAUAACAACGAACAACCCGCCUCUCCUGUGAUGGAUACGUCCAAUGAGGAUACGUCCGAAGUCAGCAGCAAUGGACACAAAUCUCAAAAGAAAAAGGAACGCAAGCAGUACGUGUGUCAUGUGUGCAAUAAGAAUUUCAUGGGAGCGAACGAUCUACGGAAGCAUCUGCGCAUCCACAACGAUGAGCGUCCGUACGCUUGUCCGCACUGUGACAAUCGGUUCCGCCAAGCUGGUUGCCUCAAGAACCAUAUUGCUUCGCAGCACGGGACAGAUACGCUGUACACGUGCGAUCUGUGCGGCAAAACUUUUCCGAUCAAGGAGCGAUUGCGGUUGCAUAUGCGUGUGCACACCGGUGAAAAGCCGUACAAUUGUCCCAUUUGUCCGAAGACGUUCGCACGAGGUGGUCAGCUGACUCAACAUCUUGCCACGCACAAUGGAGUCCGGAAACACAAGUGUCCACACUGCUCGUCGGCGUUUUCGUGUGCUGCCAACCUCAAGAUGCACCUCAAAAGCCAUAUGGACAUCCGGGACUACACGUGCCACAUCUGUGGGAAAGGAUUCUUCCGCCCGGAUGCGCUGAAAAAGCACCUACUGUGCUACCAUGCCAAUCUGAAGGCAUUCCAUUGUAACAUUUGCAACAAAAUGUUCAAGGGGCACCUGCCGCAGCACAUGAGAACUCACAAGAUGAUUCGCCCACAUGGGUGUGCCGUAUGUGGGGCUGUUUUCUCCCAGCGAUCUCAACUGGUAGUUCACCAACGCAUCCACACUGGCGAGCGACCCUACAGGUGUCAGGUCUGCUGGCAGGCAUUCGCCCACUCAAGUGUUCUCAAGCUGCACAUCCGGAAGCACACGGGUGAAAAACCAUUCGAAUGUCCCAUCUGCAGUGUGGGAUUUUCGCAGCUUCCUCAUCUGAAAAAGCACAUGCUCUCUAUUCACAAUCAGGACAAAUCGUACCUUUGCAAAAGCUGUAACAUCUUUUUCAAGACCAAACUGGACCAUCAGAACCACAUGGCAAGCUGUGCGGCGGAAGCGCAGUCUGCUACUAGUGUUGAAGAGAUUAUCGAUAGAAAUGUUAAAGCUGCCAACAGUGGAGUCGAACCACCGAUGCCGCUGUCGCAAAUGAGAUUUCUGGUGGCGAUUCUGCUGAAAAAGAUCUCCACCGAAGAACGGCUGAAAGACCUGGGCUUCGAUAAGCGAUUGAUCGAUAACGUUCUCGUCGAUUCGUUGAAAUGCGCUGGGCGCAAAGCGUUCGACGAUAAAUCGCUGGAUCCGGCCUUUCGGCUGAAGCAAAACGUUCAGGAACUGCUCGAAUGGACCGUUCCGCCAAAGUACAUGGAAGAGUUCAAGAAAGCCAACCGCAGCACCGAAGAAUUGCUAGAAGAUUUGACUAACUAAAUGGAUUUGCUUUUACUAACACAUCAUUGUUUCUCGGUGCCGUAGUUUAAGUGAAUUUUUAACAAGAAACGAAUCAGUAGCUGUUGUAAUAUAAUGCAACGAAUCAUGGAGUAGAGAAAUUUUUGAAUUGCACGCGUAGCGAAAUGAUAACUAAUUUUGCACAUCUGUAAGUACCAACAUUAACAAACACUCAAUCUUUUGAAACGUUUAUCAGUGGUGGUUGAAUUUCCCCCUUCAUAUGAAUAGCAUUCGUACCAAAGUCUUGUAACGUACCGAACUGAUCUUGUCGUACAAUAAAAGAUAUAGUUAUUUGCCAAAACAGGAUAAUUUUGUAUCGUUAGCCCCUUCUCCUGCAUAGGUACUACCGUGCAGGAUACGUCGGAAUUCUAGUCAAUCAAAUGCCAUUUUGAGUUUUUUUGUUUGUAAAAAAUAUAACAAAACCGAUAAUUUUAAAUGCGAGUGUUGCAGAAGCCAUUGUUUGUACAUUUAUGACACGUCAAAAGCUCAAACCAAAAAGAAGCCCUGCUCGUUUUCACAACAAAAAAAAAAAAACUCGUAUCGAAAAGGUGUUUUGCCUAUGGUACCAGUGCGAGCGUUUUUUUUUAAUAAAUAGUCGUUAGUUUAGUGUACCUAGUGAAUUUAAUCUAGAUGUGUAAGUGUCACUAACGGAAAUGGCGGUUGUUUAACUGUCUAGUAAUAAUUACGAAGAAUAGCA